ACAAAAAGGCAAUCAGUCCACUAUCUAACUUCCAAAUAGUCUAAUUCAAUCUCAGCAUAUAGCUAAAUACAAUGUACCUGACAAUGCCUGAAUAGUUCCAGGAGUGCUUAGAAAAACUUGAAUGUGUUCAUACAUUUCUAUGCGUACUUUGAGACCUUGUGAAUACUCAGGCUUCUUGGUGGGCUUAGCACUCACGUGCCCACACGUUUAGGGAAUGCAUGGGUAGGGUCUGCUUGGGUUGGCUGAGUGCCAUUGUUUUUCAAAACACACAUCGGGUAAGUCACCACAAUUGACCUUGGCCCUUGAACCCUCGAAAACCGGCCUAUAUGCGAAAUGGAUUUUACUCAAGGCUUAGAAUUCCACCAAAGGUGGUCUCCUUAUGUAUUCAUUGAUAAAUUAUCUAUCAGAAAGUAAACCUUCCUUCUGGAAUGGAAUGCGCCGUUAAGAAUUAGCAAGGAGGUUGCACCUCCUUGUAAUUGUAUUAGUAAUACAAAGCAUAUGUUUCGAGAUCACAAGUUGCUUGUAGGAGCAAAUAUACAUGUAAGCUUGUUGAUGCACCCCUCCGUGGCAUUGUCAAGUGGACUAGCCCGGCCAGGUACAAGGGAGAAAGACCAGUUCUGCAAGAGUGUCAGGGACAUAACAAUGGCUUCACAACUGCAUGGCGGUCAUGCUACAUGUCAAGGGUCCUGAACAUCAGCGUAAAGUACGCUAAAUAGUCUGAUCUGCACGAGCGUUAGGAGGAUCUAGGAGGGGGACAUCACGCCCAGAGCUGACACGGUGGUUACAGUUGUCAGUUAAAGAUGGACGGGCAGUCGUAUGUGUCCAGUAUGAUGGUCUGGACUCCCAUGACAAAAAUUCGCGAGAAUCGCAAGAAGUACAAGCGGAAGUACCGCCUGCGGAAGGAUAUGGAAACAGUGGAGUACACCGCCGGAAUUAAGACAUGUCGAGCUUGUGCCAAACACCCUCCAGAAGAGCAGAACUUUGAGAUUUCGAACAUCGCGGAAGUGUUUCUCAGCAAGCUGACUUUACUCCGCUCCCGUGUGGACAGAGAAAGUAUUACAGGAGCGACCAAGACUUUCAGCAUUUACUACAAGGAUCAAACUCCUGCUUUGGAUCUUGAAUGCAGUAAAGAAGGUAUCGCUAGGGGAUGGGUUACUGGAAUACAGCAUCUGAUGCGUGCACGGAGGACGGAAACCAUUAUUGACAAACGCAAAAGAUGGAUUUCAGAGUACUUCCACAAAGGAAAGAACGCCGACGAUCGUCUAGAAUCCAACGAAGCCAAAGAGGUCCUGGCGGAGAUGAAUAUCCAAAUUGAAGAGUCUCAGAUUGACACUGUUAUACAGAAACUGGACACAGAUCAGACCGGUGCAUUGAACUUGGAGGAGUUUACCAAAUUUUACAACGUCAUGACAGCCAGAGAGGAGAUCGAGGAACUAUUUGAUAAGUAUGCUGUUGAUGGAGAAAACCUGAAGGUGCACGAACUGAUGGAGUUCCUCACCCAAGAGCAAAAGGUUGCUAAUGACGCCAAAGACUGCAAACAGCUCAUAGAGAAGCUUGAGCCCAACUCUGAGCUGAAGAAGAAGAACCUUCUGAGUCUACAGGGCUUCACGUUGUACCUGCAGUCUGCCGAGGGCGAUGUCUUCAACCAUACUCAUGAUGAGGUUUACCAAGACAUGACCCAGCCGCUCAGCCAUUACUUCAUCGCUUCUUCACACAACACCUACCUUCUAGAGGACCAACUUCGAGGUCCCAGUAGUAAGGAAGGAUACGUCAGAGUCCUACUUAAAGGCUGCAGGUUCCUGGAGCUGGACUGUUGGGAUGGAGACGACGGAGAGCCCGUCAUUUACCACGGCUACACCCUCACGUCUAAAGUCCUGUUUAGAGACGUUAUAGAGGCGAUCGGACGUUAUGCUUUCAAAGCCUCUCCGUACCCUGUCUUCUUGUCCCUGGAGAACCACUGCAGCGUUGUGCAGCAGCGCGCCCUAGCGGCUCACAUGGUGAACAUCCUCGGCGACUCCCUGUGUAACAUUCCCUCCACACCCGACAUGCAAGAACUACCAUCUCCUCAACGGCUUCGCGGGAAGAUCAUCGUAAAGAACAAGAAGCUGAAACGGAAUGUGGUAGAGGAUGACGUAAGUGACGAAGACGAAGCGGCAGAGACGGAAGACGUGGAAGUACAAGAACGCGUGAAGACGUCAAAAGAAAAGAAAAAGACCAUAAAGUUGGCAAAAGAGCUGUCGGACCUUGUCAACAUAUGCGAAGCUGUACAUUUCCACAGCUUCCAACACUCGCGGGAAAAUGAUAUGCCGUACAAUAUAAGCUCAAUCAAGGAGGGGAAAGCUAACCAUCUAGUGGAAGAGCAAGCCGCAGACUUUAUCGACCAUACGAAACGUCAGCUGGUAAAGAUAUACCCCUCUGGUGGACGAGUGGACUCUUCCAACAUUGACCCUUACCUGUACUGGGCUGUUGGAUGCCAGAUAGUUGCUUUGAACUACCAGACACCAUGUGACCAGAUGGACCUGAACCUGGGACUGUUUCGGCAGAACGGGAGAUGUGGAUAUGUACUGAAGCCGGAAGCACUCAGAGAUGGGCAAACUAGGCUGGAUACAUCAAAGAACAUCCCUGGCAAGUAUAAGAAGACGCUCAAAAUCAAGGUGAUCAGCGGUUUACAGCUCCCCACUCCUGAGGGCGAGGGCAGUGGCGGCAGUGCAGUGGACCCGUAUGUCAAGGUGCAGGUCUACGGAGUACCAGCCGACUGUGCUGAGGACGGGACUGACGUGGUCAAAAACAACGGCUUCCAUCCUGUGUGGAACUGUGAUAUGUCCUUCCCGCUGACCUUCCCUGACCUGGCACUGGUGAGGUUUGAGGUGAAAGAACAUGACACGAUGAGCGACAGUGAGACAAUUGGGCAGUUCUCCUUACCUGUGUCCAGUAUGCAGCAAGGAUAUCGACAUGUUCAUCUCCUGAGUAAAGACCAGGAAGACCUCAGCCCAGCAGCACUGUUCAUCCACGUCAGCCUCCAGUGAAACCUACAAGUCUUCACUAGUAUUCAACAGUAGUAUGGGAUCCUACUCCGAACACUUAUUGGGCUGCAGAUGUCGUAAAAAGCAACCCACGGGGCCUGGUAGAGGCUAGCCUUUAGUAGGAAAACGAUGGUUGGAGUGAACACAAGCUCUACAAGCAAGGCUGGAUCUCAGGCUAGACUGACAUUUACUACGUGAAAUAUCUUAAUGAUAUAUUGAAAUAAUCAUAUUCGGCUGAAAAAAAACACUUACAUGAUUUCUUAUUUGAGUGUACUUUGUUCCUGAAAAUCAUACUCAGUGUCUAACAUGUCAGUUGUAAAGGCGUCUGUCCAUUUUUACAAUUUUUUCUUCAGGUUCAAUCUUUAUUCUCAAAGUUUGAUUUGUAUCAAUGAUCUAAGCACUGAGUUUUGCAGAAAUGAUUAACCUGAACUUCUACUAAUACAUGUAACUCUUUACUGAUUAGAUUACUAUUCAGUAAGCUGUAGCGUUAUCCAUUGCUCUGUUCUUGGGGACCAUCGCCGCAUUAUACAAAACUGCAUGCGCAGUGCCAACCAUUCUGACGGCAGCUUGUUAUAAUCACCCACUCUGCACAAAUCAUUUUUUUAUGGUCAAGCUGCAGCGAUUCCGUGCAUUGAUGAGUCGUGUGUUUCAUUGACACAUGUCCAUUGCACGUCGGACAUCAGUUAAGUCUCUCCAUUAGGAAAACGAAAGGUCAAUGACCUUCUGCUACCAUGACGACGGCUUGUUUUCCUUAGACACUGAAGUGGGACGGAGGCUUGUGGUUUUCGUUUAAGGGUCCGGCGCACCCGAAUGCAAGGUUAAGGUUAGGGUACCUUUCAAGUUUCCCAAAUGUACCAUUCUAACACAUGUUUCUAAUGUUGAUUUGAUUGUCUAAAUUAAACUUUUACACUCAAA